AUGACAUCCCUUCCUACAGACUUCCUUUCGACGCCAGUAUCCGGCGUUACAGCGACACGCAUCGACUUUGACAACACACCAUUACCAGAAUACGCCGACCUACAAGCCUAUGUUGUUGACAAUGUCCUGAGCGCACACGAACGUGCUACUCUUCUCUCAGCAGCACAAGCAAGCGGUCCCUGGCAAAGAGCCAUGAUAAAAGUCGGAAAUGGACGCCAAAGACAAGAGGACGACCAAUGCAAGUGCGGACGUCUGAUCUGGGAUUCUCCAGAAGUGGCUCAGAAAGUUUGGGACAGGGUCAAAGUCUUUGUUCCAGAGAUUACAAUACUAGUCAGGCAGGCGGAACUCACAGGUGGGAGUGCCGCCAUGAGAGGCGAAGUCUGGGAGACGAGCAGGCUAAACAAGAGGCUGAGAUUCUUGAAAUAUGAGGGCGGUGAAUAA